ACGUCCCACUUUGGUCGGUUUCGGUCGCGUUGCCGUCGUCGUCGCAAGGCAGUCGUCCUGCGGAGUGCCACGAUGCCGGACCGACGGUUCCUGCUGCUCCCGGUAUUCCUUCGCCUUCUAUUUAUCGUCGGCGGUUUGCAACUUCCGGAUACAUCAGGCAUCGAUGGACAGCUAACUGUCAAUCAUGCCGUUGAUCAGUUUUUUUCCUUAUGGCUGGUUUUUAAUUCAGAGGCGGUCAACGUGUCCGAUCAACCUUUCACGAUAUUCGCCGUUCGAAAUUCGGUCGAGCUAAAAAAAGAAUGUUUACUAUCGCAGCCGGAUUUAGUAAAGAACCUGUUGCUCGAUCAUAUCGUAAUAGGAGAAAAGUUGGAUUUAAAUAAAACAAAUGGAACCGCAAUAACGGCAACAACGGCGAGCGGAAAAACUGUUAGGGUAAAGGAAACGGUUUCUAAGGAAGGUGCAAAAGGAAGUUUUGUAGCAAACGAUGCGAAUGUACUGGAACGAGGUGUCUCGGUUCCAAACGGGCACCUCAUCAUCCUCGAUCGUUAUCUCUUUCCUGAUGCUACACUGAAAAUUGGAAAAAACUGUUCAACGGUUGGGUUAAAAGAACACCAAAAUGUUCAACAAACGACUCAUACCACGCAAAACGGUUCGUUCAUUGAUAACGUUAUGCAGGUUUUAUCGUUAUUAAAAAGUGGUGUGAGGGUAUUUCAACAUUUUCUAUCGAGAUCAAAUGUUUCACGGUUAAUCGAUGAUGAUGCUGAAUAUACGGUUUUUAUUCCAACGGACCACGCUUUUCAACGUUGGCAUCCAAUAGAUUGGGGUUUUUAUCCUUUCAGUGUGCCCGAGUUCACUGAAAGCAUCAUAGUUAACCAUUUUGUUAAGGGUAAACUGAAACAGGAUGGGAUUAAAAAUGGCGAAACCGUUAAAACUUUAGGUGGAAGAGAGGUUACGUUUAAGAAGAAUCCUUCGCUUUUGGUAAACGGGGCGUCCGUUAUAAAAGGUGAUACCCCAAUUUCAAAAGGCAACAUCAUGUUUAUAGCCGAAGUUUUAUUUGUAAGCGAAGCUGUAGUUUCGAGAUUACACCAACAGCACCGAGACAAAGAAACACCUCCAUUGUUGGCUUUCCCAUGGUUUGGCGCCCAGUUUUUAUCGCAUGCCUUUUUGGCUUUAGAACGAGAUAAACGAUUCACACACAUCACGAGGUUUUUAAAUUUAGCAGAUUUAGCACCACACGUUUCGGGCACUGGUUACACUUUCUUCGUACCGAUGGAUUCGGCGUUUGAGGAAUUGGGAUUAGAUAAAAUGCCGGAUAAUUAUUUAUCGACGGGAUCGGGGCUACAAAUUUUAUUGAAUCAUUUCGUUAAGGGAAGACUUUAUGAUAAAGAUUUAAAAGAUGGAAUUUUAUUGAAAAGCUUAGGCGAUAGAAGUAUGGAGAUUUCAAGAGAUGAUGGUGUUGUUAAAAUAAAUAACGCAACAAUCAUUGAAAGCGAAGUAUUCGUUUAUAAUCUUGGCACAAUGUUUUACAUCGAUAAAGUUCUUUUUGUUGAUGGCGAAACUCUCCCUAUUCCCUCUUUACCAAUUACAACUCCCAAAGGACAAGAAUCUGAAUUUACCGAAACUACAACGAUUCCACCGACUGAAGAAGUUGAAAAAAUUCCCGAUGAGUUAACCGAAGACGGUGGAAUGUUACCGGAUGUUUUAUACGCCGAUGCUACAACAAACGAUUUUGAAACGGAAACAACAUCUGAAGAUAUCUCCGAAUUGUCAUCAACAUUUCCGAAUAUCACGACUUAAUAAUUAAUUGGAUUAAUUUUAUUUAGUUACACUUAAUAAAAAAAUAAAAAAAAAUGUAAAAAAAAAGUUAGAAAUGAAUUUUUGCGUCCCUUUUUUAAAAUGUGGAAAAAAAAUGUAUUUAGAAGAGAAGUAUUUAAAUUAAGCUACAUUAAACCAAUUGUGAUACGCGAAA